AUGGCGUCAUUUGUUUGUCCAUUAUGUUUAAACAAUCGUGAAAUUACAACUUUCUGGAAAUUUUUCCGCCAUAUCACAUUAUUUCAUCAAAAUGAACGUGGAUUUCACAUCACUUGUGAUCUAUCAUCGUCAUGUGGUAUGUCAUAUCGUACAUAUUCUGCUUAUAAAGCGCAUAUUUAUCGUCAUCAUGCAUCUGAAUUGCACUUAAUGGAGAAAAAGCACGACAAUGUCUACAUUUUUUCUGAAGAUGAUGAUCAACAGCAAGGUAAUAAUCCAAAUAAUAAAACAAGUUUAGUGGUUGAUGAUGAAGACAAUGGUUUAGUGCAAAAUGAUAAUAGACAACAUAGUUUAUUAAAAGACAAUAUUGAAUUAGAUUUCUUGCAAGAUGAUCAAGAAGAAACAAAUGAUGAUACAACAACAUUAUUCCAAACAUCUUUUAACCAAAAAAAAGACAUAAUCACCAUUGCAGAUAUUCAAAAGACAUAUCUUUUAUUUAUGUUGCAGUUACGGGAAGAAUUCUUCUUACCAAAGAGUAAAAUCAAUUCUAUUUCUAGUUACAUUGCGACACUUUUACAUCAUGUUCAAUCAUUAAUUCAACAGAAUGUUAUUAUUGAUGAUUCUCAUUUUGACUCUCAAAUAUCAUCAUCAAUAGUAUAUAAGUCACAUAAAAGAAUUGUUGAAUUAGAUGAAGUUAACAUUAUUAUGAAUCAAGUAUGUGAUGUUGUUGAAGCUACUACUCGUAAUGAAUAUCAAUUUUUGAAUUAUUGUAAGCAACAUUUUGAUUACAGUUCACCAGAACAAAUAAUAGUAUCAGCUCCUGGUGAAACAUUUGAUUGUGGAUACUAUAUUCCUAUUGACAAAACAUUAUUUUCCAUGUUAAGUAACCAGCAUAUUCUUUUUCAAAUAAUUGAUAAUAUGAAAUGUCAACAGGAAGCUGUUAAUAAUGAUGAUGAUUUGAUGUUUUCAUUCCGUGAAGGAAACUAUGGUGCUCGUGUUGACGAUCAAAGUUUACUGAUACAAUUAUAUGCCGAUGAGAUAGGCCUAACAAAUCCUAUUGGAUCCAAAAAAGAUCAACACAAAUUCUUUAUGAUAUAUUUCUCUUUGGAAGAUAUACCAGAUCAAUUUCGCUCAAAGUUAGAUCAUAUGAAUCUCGUCGCACUUUGCAACAAUAAAAUUCUUAAGGUGAAAUUUCUAAUGUUGAAUCCGACUUUUAAAGUUUAA